AUGUGCCCAUCUGUGCCUUCGUCUUUGCCUUUGAUUUCGCUUACUGGCUUCCUGGCCAACCUUGAUCCAUAUCCCUCCCUUCUGAACCUCGAUUCACCUGCUCCUGACAUUUCCAACGUGUCGACAUAUUCAGUGCUUUCUCCUUUCGCCUUGGCCUUCGAUCCCUCGACCAGCGAGGUGACUUGGCUAGGGGUCCCGGUUGAAUCGACAUUCAAGAUCGAAGCGAUUGAGGCUAACCGGGUGCCUCUAUGUGAACAGCGACUGCGAGAUAGGUAUUCUGAAUACCUUGCUACCAUUCUUUACAACCGCGCAAGGUCAAUUGUCGACCCUGCGGUUAUCGCCGGCGCUUUUACCUAA